AUGGCUGUCGAAAACAACCCAAUCCUUCCCGUCAAGGGCAAAAAGAACACGCUCAUCACGAGCGCCUUGCCUUACGUCAACAACGUCCCCCAUCUAGGAAACAUCGUCGGAAGCGUCCUGAGCGCCGAUGUCUUCUCUCGCUUCAGCAAGCUGCGCAACCGUCCGACGCUGUACAUCUGCGGCACCGACGAGUACGGCACGGCAACGGAGACCAAGGCGCUCGAGACGGGCCAAACUCCCCAGGCGCUCUGCGACGAGUUCCACGUCAAGCACAAGGAGGUCUACGACUGGUUCGAGAUCGGCUUCGACUAUUUUGGACGCACCACGACGGAGAAGCAGACGGAGAUUGUCCAGGACAUAUUUCUGAAACUGCACGAGAAGGGCUUUCUCGAAGAGCGGACGACGACGCAGCCGUACUGCGAGAAGCACGACGGAUAUCUUGCCGAUCGAUUCGUCGAGGGCACCUGCCCCAAGUGCGGCUACGACGAUGCGAGAGGAGAUCAGUGUGACAAGUGCGGCGGCCUGCUCGAUCCCUUCGAGCUCAUCAAACCGCGGUGCAAGAUCGACGGUGCCCAGCCGGUGCCGAGGGACACGAAGCACAUUUUCAUGAAGCUCGACAAGCUCCAGCCAGACAUCGAGAAGUGGUUUCUGGAAGCGCACAAGAAGCAUGGCUGGCCACAGAACGGCGUCAGCAUCACGCAGUCCUGGCUGACGAAAGGCCUCGAGGGCCGCAGCAUCACCCGAGAUCUCAAAUGGGGCGUGCCAAUCCCGUUGCCUGGCUAUGAGAAGAAGGUGAUUUACGUCUGGUUCGACGCCUGCAUAGGGUACCCCUCCAUCACGGCAAACUACACCGACGAGUGGGAGCAGUGGUGGAAGAACCCGAACGACGUCACGCUCUACCAGUUCAUGGGCAAGGACAACGUCCCCUUCCACACCGUCAUCUUUCCCGGCUCCGAGAUCGGUACCGGAUACAACUGGACGAUGCUCAACCACCUGUCGACGACGGAGUACCUCAACUACGAGAACGGCAAAUUCUCCAAGUCGCGCGGGAUCGGCGUGUUUGGCAACCAGGUCAAGGAUAUCGGCAUCUCGUCGUCGGUGUGGAGAUACUACCUUCUCUCGAACCGUCCCGAGACGAGCGAUACCCAGUUCGAGUGGCACUCGUUUGCGCUCGCCAACAACAGCGAGCUGCUGGCCAACUUUGGCAACUUUGUGAACCGCAUCGUCAAGUUUGUGAACGCCAAGUGCGACAGCACCGUUCCGGUCUUUUCCGCCUCGUACUCGGACGAGACCUUUGACUUUGCCGCCUGGAUUGGCCGGGUCAACACGUUGCUGAAAGAAUACGUCGACCUGAUGGAAGCCGUCCACCUGCGCGCCGGCGUCAAGAAACUUAUGGAAAUCAGCAGCGAGGGCAACCUCCUGCUGCAGCAUCGUCUGGACAACACGAAUCUCGUGGAGAAGAAGGAGCGGACGCACACCGUCAUCGGACUGGCACUGAACCUCUGCCACCUGCUGGCUUGCCUAGCCUCACCGUACAUGCCGUCGACGGCCGAGGCGAUCUGCGAGCAGCUCAACGCGAGCAUGGGAUUCAUACCGGACACCUGGGAACCGGAGGCGCUCAAGGGUGGCCACAAGAUUGGCAAGGCCGCCCAUCUGUUCACGCGGAUAGAGGACAAGAAGGUGGCGGAAUGGAAGGAGGCCUACGGCGGAUCGGCCGAGUCGCGCGCCGCCGAGGAGGCGGCAAAGAAGAAGAAGCAAGAGGAGAAGGAGAAGAAGAAGGCGAAGAAGGCGGCCAAGGCAGCGGAGGCGGCCAAGGCAGCGCUGGAAAAGAAGACGGCCGCAGCGGCGAACGAGCCGGCGGAGAAGGGGGCUGCCGGUACGGAUGCCAAGGCCCAGACCCAGAAGGACGGGACGGCGGCAGAGGUGACGAAAGAGUUGCCCAUCCGGGGCAAGCAGUAG